AUGCACGCCCCAACGCCGCUGGUCGAUCCUGCCACGAUCCUCUCCUACGAUGACUUCUACACGGUCACCAAUGCGGCCUGCGCCUACCCUCGUGACUGGUUCUCUUUGGAGCACAACAGCCCAGGAGACCAGGAGCAGCUCUGUAUGCCAGCGCGCACGCUCAAGUGGGAGCGGGGGAAAGGCUUCAAGGCACCAAAAAUGUGUACGACUUGCCACAUCCCAAAGUACGAGGGCAUCAAGAAUGGCCCACCGGAGAAGCAGGUCAAGAAGCACGUCUGUGUCUUCCAGCCUUGCAAGAGCCUCACGUCGUGCUUGUCCCACCGCUACCGGGAGUGUGUCGCCCACAGCCAAGAACUCUUGUCGUGCAAGCAGAAGCUCAAGGAUGCCGAGGAGGUCGAGCGCCAAGCUGCAGCAGAGAUGGCCCGUUGGGAGGCUGUGCAGAGGAAUCAGGAGAAGGCUGAACAUCGCCUUGAUCGUGGUAAGAUUCAAGCCUUGUCGCACUCUAUGGGCGAGGACGCCAUGCGGGAAAUCUUCAAUGAUUCGCUCUCUGAAUCACGCAUGAAGUACGCUAAACGAAAGAGAGGGGCUUUUGUUGACCUCACUUCUGAGGACAACCCAAUGUUGCCUUCUAAAAUCACAGAAAGCCUCAAGGCCAAGCUGGUCAAGCAGGCAGCUGACGAUGACGAGUUUGAGUCUUCCCCUGCUGGCUUCCUGAGCGCACUGGCCAGCAACGCGAGCGCAGCAAGUCGGCGUCUGGUUUCAUCACUCACAAUGGGUGAAGUCCAGGACCGCCUUCAGGCACUGCGCAUGGAGAAACGCGAACUCAUUGCCCGCCGCGAGGAGCUCCUCCAGCAGUGCGCCACCAAGGAUGUGGAAGUCGAAGUCCUUGCGGACUGUGCGGAGCUUGUGCGCCGUGGCCAGCUGCCCCAGUACCUGCUUGACACCCUGAUGGCCACACUUGCCUGCCCACAACCAACACCUCCUUGCCCCCCUGUGGACAACGAUGUCCUGCUGCCCAUUCCUGGGGUGAGCGAUAAAUAA